CGCUUCUCUGUACAAAAUGGCCUCCCCCUUUCAGCAGACACACCUUUGAAGAGCCGCUCAGUCUCCAGUGUUGUUGUUCCUGCAGCUACCGGAAGUACUGCACUCGCUGUGGAUUCUGUUUCUAGAGUAAAGGGCGACUCACAUCCAGACGUUCAGUGUUGAGUUUAAUGUGUCACCAGGAGCCCCUCUGGAUCAUUGCGUUCCCAUAUCAGACAUCAUCCAGGAGACACAAUAAUGCUGCAGAACACAGGGAAGUUAGCAGGAUGCACCAUUUUCAUCACCGGAGCAAGUCGAGGUAUUGGCAAGGCCAUUGCUCUGAAAGCUGCGCAGGAUGGAGCCAAUGUAGUCAUCGCUGCCAAAACAGCUGAUCCACAUCCCAAACUCCCCGGCACCAUCUACACAGCUGCAGCAGAGAUUGAAGCAGCUGGAGGGAAAGCACUGCCGUGUAUUGUGGACGUCCGUGAUGAGAAGCAGAUCAAUGAUGCUGUUGAACAGGCUGUGGAGAAGUUUGGAGGGAUUGACAUAUUGGUCAACAAUGCCAGUGCCAUCAAUUUAACAGGGACUCUUCAGACUCCAAUGAAAAAGGCUGACCUCAUGCUGGGCAUCAAUCUCAGGGGAACAUACCUGACGUCUAAACUGUGCAUUCCACAUCUUCUGAAGAGCAAAAACCCUCACAUACUAAACCUCAGCCCACCUCUCAACCUCAACCCCAUUUGGUUCAAAAACCACACGGCUUACACCAUUGCAAAGUAUGGCAUGUCCAUGUGUGUACUGGGAAUGGCAGAAGAGUUCAGAGGAUCCAUUGCCGUUAAUGCCUUAUGGCCAAAGACAGCCAUUCAGACGGCUGCCAUGGACAUGUUGGGCGGUUCUGAGGUUGGCAAGCAGUGCAGGAAGGUGGAGAUCAUGGCUGAUGCAGCAUACGCCAUCUUCAAACAACCCACCAGCUUCACCGGACAGUUUGUUAUUGAUGAGGACAUUCUCAAAAAGGAGGGCAUUAAAGAUUUUGAUGUUUAUGCUGUUGAGCCAGGUCAUCCAUUGCUUCCUGACUUUUUCUUGGACGGCCAGCCUGAGGAUCUAGUCAAGCAUAUGGAGGCACAUGGUGCCACUCCGGCGUUCACAACUGCAAAAGCAGAUCCCGUUGCCGCAGGACCAGUUUCUGAGAUGUUCAAUACAAUCAGAGGAAUUAUCAGUCCAGAGAUGGUGAAAACCACACAAGGAGUGUACAAAUUUAACUUGGCAGGCGAGCAUGCUGGAGUCUGGUAUCUUGACCUGAAGAACGAUGCUGGAAGUGCUGGAAAUGGGGAACCUCCUGUCAAAGCUGAUGUUGUCAUGUCGAUGGACAGUGAGGAUUUUGUCAAGAUGUUUGGAGGGAAAUUAAAGCCAACCAUGGCCUUCAUGUCUGGAAAGCUGACUAUUAAGGGUGACAUGGGCCUUGCCAUCAAACUGGAGAAGAUGAUGGCCAUGAUGAAGUCUAAACUGUGAACACAUCACGCAGUCUCCUGCCUUACAAGAUGUACAUGAUGACCUCUUUUCUAUAUCAGUGUUUUUUGAUUAAACUAAUUGUUCAGAUUGUACUAAUUUUAAUAAAGAACUAUCAGGUA